ACUUGCAGCGCGUUCAAAGCAGUGGUGAAAUCCAACUUAGGUAAACGCAAGGUAAAAGCAAAGACCCCAUAUAAGAAAAUCGUAGAUAGAUAUAAACAUGCCGGUGUGAAGAGAACAAGUCCUCGCAUUUGUGAGCUUGAGUAUCGUACACCACAUUGGGCCCGACAGGGAGUCCCUCAAAGACUCUGUGCGCACAGUAUUCGGCCUCUUGCGAUUGCUGCAAAACACCUAAAAGAUGGGUAAGGUCCACGGUUCCCUCGCCCGUGCCGGCAAGGUGCGCGGCCAGACUCCCAAGGUCCCCAAGCAGGAGAAGAAGAAGCAGCCGCGUGGCCGCGCCAUGAAGCGCAUGAAGUACAACCGCCGUUUCGUCAACGUUGUGGUUGGCUUCGGCAAGAAGCGCGGCCCCAACUCCAACCCCGCCUAAGCGGAGCAGCUGCAUCGAGGCUGCGCUCUGGUGUAACAGCCAAGCGACUUUUGGCCUUUAUGGGCUUCAGCGCAGGCGACUGGCUUGCGGUGCGGGUCGCUACGCCGUUCUUGGACGGCGGCGGAUGCAAUCAGCGUAGCAGGCCAGCCAAAAGGCUCGCGAGUUCCUCUUUUAGCAGCGAAUGCCUCCGGCGUCCAUCUGCAAAAGCAGCUGCAGCAGCGCAGGAGGUGGAGUUUGAGGAGCUGCCUAAGCCGGGAGCUCUGUGGGUCGUGUACGUCCUCGGCUCAGCCUCGAGCUGUGGCUGGCAGGGUCCAAAGGGGUCAGUCGUUGCUGGUUGUAACGGCAAUUGUGGAGCCC